AAAAGAAAAACAGAAAUAAAAAAAGGGGCGAGUGAGGAAGAUAUACUCAAACUCAAGCUUAAAUAGAUAGAGGGCGAGGGAGAAGAGGGUUUCUGAUAAAUCUCGCAACCAGCUGCGGAUGCUUCAUCACACAACUACAAUCCAAUUCCAAUAACUGCACCACUCACUCUAUUUCGUGCUAGAGAGAGGGAUUGAUUGUUUUCUGCGUUGAGCCAAAUUGGAGCAGAAGAAGAGGGGAAACUGACUGAACAAGGAGAUAAGGCGAGGAGUAGCCCUAGAUCUGUUGCCGGGAGGAUGAGUACAACCAGGGGAAGCGGCGGCGCCGUGCAGCCCAUUCCCGCGGGGGCAAGGAAGGUGGUGCUAAGCUUGAAGGAGAUAGUUAACUGCUCCGACGCGGAGAUCUACGCUGCUCUCAAGGACUGUAAUAUGGACCCUAACGAGGCAGUUGAUCGUCUCAUAUGUCAGGUUCCUUUCCAUGAGGUGAAGAGCAAACGAGAAAAGAAAAAAGAGGGUAAAGAUAGCUAUGACUCGAGGUCGCAUGGUGCUAAUAGUUCAACUAGACGCAGCAGGAAUGGCGCUGAGCGCCGUGGUGCUUCUGCAGCUUACAGUGCAUCUGCAACAUACAGUGCUUCUGAGUCAAUGCAUGGAAAGCCAACAUAUAAGAAAGACAAUGGAUCAGCUUCGUAUAAAAGUAACUUUUCUUCAGCAGCUGGUGUUUCUGUAAAUAAUAGAAGCCAAGUACCUUCAGGCCUCAGUGAUAGUAGCGCUGCUGAGAGUAAGGGAUCCUUGUUGGGAGCAGCUGAUGGUAUGCAAUCUGUUGCAAAGACACCUUCUGGAUACCAAUCUGCCUGGGGGGGUGUUCCUGGUCAAGUUUCCAUGGCUGAUAUUGUGAGGAUGGGAAAGCCGCAUAAUAAAGCACCUCAUGCUCCGAGUGCAUCUCAUCACCAAUUUCAAGACGCCCCAGCAACUGAACCGUUUCCCCAUUUAAGAUCUACUUCAAAUUAUGCUUCUAAAGCUAAUCAGGCAGAAGUUUCUUCAGUUCAGCAUGCUCCCAAUACUGAUGAGUGGCCUGUAGAGAAGCCAGUUUCUACAAAUGUUAUUCCUGUCCCAGAAUAUACAGUUGAUGGUGAGCUGUAUCCAGAUGCAUCUGGUGUAUCUGAAGAAAUUGAUAACCAUUAUGAGGAAGAAGUGGUUCAAGAAAGAGAAGAUGAUGAUAUUGGAAACUCUGGUGGAAAUGAUCUGAAUUCUGUUCCUGUAUCCGAUAGGAAGAUUCCAGAGAAUGAUUCAAGAAGUUCAUCACUAUUUGAGAAUGAGCUGUAUCAAAAUAUGGCUCCGUACCAGUCCAAGGAUCCUGAUUACGAGCUUCAUGAAGGCGAAGAAGUUGGUGCUUCAGUGGCAUCAGUCACCCGAAAUAUCCAACAGCUAAGUGUAGAUAAGGAUGAUACAGAGUUUCCAUCUGAAGAAGAUACACCUUCGGUGGUAAUUCCUGAUCAUUUGCAAGCUCAAGCAGCAGAAUGUUCACACUUAAGCUUUGGUAGUUUUGGACCUAGCAUGAACGCUUCAUAUCCUACUGGAGGUUUGACAUCUGCGACCGUAAAAAGUAAUUUGGAUGAGGGGCAUAAUGAGACUGAUACUUCAUCAGCUGGGCAUGCGGAUACUAGACAGUCUGAAUAUUAUAUUGAUGAUUCUCUUAGAGAUACAUCUGAUAGGUUCCAUAUCAAUGGUCCUAAUGGUGGCAUUGCGGAGACAUACGAUGCACCUUCUGCUUCACAGCCAGAAGAAUUAAAACCUGAGAGUACUGAAGUGGCUCAUGGAAAUCAAUAUCCUUUUCAGUCUGCGAAUCCUAGUUAUGCCUUAGAUGAUGCUCAAAGGCUGAAUGCUGCUUUUAAUGAGACAAGUCCUCAGAUGCACAAUCUUGCCCAAUUUUCUAAUGUCAUGCAGCAGUCAUACCCAAAUUCACUGCAAAGCGCAUUGUUGGCUGGAAAUGUUCACUCUGCUAGAGAUUCUGAUCUUCAAUACUCGCAGUUUCCUGUCUCGCAUUCUAUGGCUGCAAAAUAUGGGAACUCUGUUUCUUCUGUUGGUGCUUCAGCAAUGUCUGAGGCUUUGAAGAGUGCUAAUUCAUCAUCUCAGCCUACUCCACAAUCGCACUCAGGAACAAGUGUUGCCACUGGACCUCCUCUCCCCCAGCAACAUAUUGCUGUACAUCCAUAUUCUCAGCCGACGCUUCCUCUGGGGCCAUAUGCCAACAUGAUUAGCUAUCCCUUCAUGCCUCAGAGCUAUACAUACAUGCCUUCUGCUUUUCAGCAAUCAUUUGCUGGUAACAGCACGUAUCAUCAGUCCCUGGCCGCUCUACUCCCCCAGUAUAAAAGUAGUGUUGCAGUUAGUAGUUUACCUCAGUCUGCAGCUGUCCCGUCUGGAUAUGGUGGCCUUGGGAAUACUGCUACAGUCCCCGGAAAUUAUCAGAUGAACCCUCCUGCCGCCUCAUCUGGAUCAGCUAUUAACUAUGAGGAAGUCUUGGCUCAGUACAAGGAAAGUAGUCACUUGCUCGCUCUUCAGCAGCAGCAGCAGCAGCAGCAGCAACAACAGCAGCAGAAUGAGUGGCUUCACGGGCAAGGUUCAAGAACCGUGCAAGCUGUUCCAUCGAAUGCUUAUUACAAUUAUCAGGGACAAAGCCAGCAGCCUGGUGGUUUCAGGCAAGCUCAGCAGCAGUCGCAGAACUACGGAGCCCCUGGGUACCCGAAUUUCUACCAUUCGCAGGCUGGGAUAUCGCUCGACCAGCAACAGAACCCAAGAGACAGCACACUGGGUGCCCCUCAAGGACAGCCUAAGCAGUCCCAAAUGUGGCCCAAUGGUUACUAAUCAGCUCUUGUGCUUCUUCAAGGAGCCUGCAACGAGUGCACAAGCAAACCCUCUCUAGGCGUCAAGAUGACGGGCUGUGCCUGUGCACUUGCCUCGAAGGUCCACAUGGCUUGCUCGUCCUCAGUUGAUGUAACUUAAGAGAGAUAUGGCUGUUAACUUUUGUGUUAGUGGAGAUGUGUUUUGCCUUUCCACUUGCACUUGAUGAUUUAGAUCAACUUUUCUUUAGAGAGAGCUGCUGCUCAAGUUAAAGGUUUAUUGUCUAACCAUGUUUUUUUUCCUUUUUCUUGUUCUUUUUUCUCUUGCUUUUCUGUUGCAUCACUGUAUCAUGGCUUUGUGUACAAUAGGAACUGAGUUUUGGUUUA